AUGGAGUAUUUAGCUAAGCUGAAGUCGUUUGUCCGGGUGAAAGCCACGGGGCCUAAAGCUCGCGCCCAUGUCAAAUUCAUAUUUUCAAAUUCAAGACAACUCCCCAUUGAGGCUUUCUACGACGCUGACACAACAAUGUCGGAGGUAAAGGAAGAUUUGUUGCUGCGUCAUUGGCCUGAGACGUUGGGCCCCGUUGAAAAUGUCUUUCGUUUGCGUUUGUUUUACUGCGGUAUCGAGCUAAAAGACUGGAAAUGUUUAAGAGAUUAUCGCAUUGGCAUUAGCGGAGAACUUCCCUCCGCUUGUCACAUCUUUAUAGUGUACAGACAGCCGAAAAAUAGCGAAAGCAGCAGUAACAGAUGCAUUUGUACUAUUUCUUAA